AUGUGUUGCACUACAAAGCGGCUUCUCAUUUGGUUAAACCUAUUACCAUCUUCGUUAUUCAGAAAAGCACCAUAUGAUCAUUCUGGCAAUGACUUGCGACAAUUGGGAGAAACAAUUACUAAUGCCAUUUCUAAUGCGCCCGAUAAAUCUUGCGCCUGGAACCUUUUAAAGCUCUUAAGUAUCACCUAA